AUGUUGGUUCAAGAUCGUGAUUUGCCGAAGCCGGCUAAGUCUCAGAUCAGAGAGCUACCAACUCACCGACGAAUCACCGAACCGAAAAACCUAGACUUUACCACUUGGGUCUCCGAGAAUCUCUCGAGAAUCGUCGUCAUCUCUCUCUCCAUCAUCACAAUCGCAGCUUUCUUCUUCCUCUACAACGCCACCGACACUGCUUCCCUCCUCUGUUUCCAGACCCAGUCAACUAACUCUCUUCAACCUCUCACUCGCCCACAGAUCAAAUGGAACUCGAUCCAAGUCCUCCCGGAUAAGUCCUCCCCUUACUCAACCUUCGUCACCGAGAAAUGGAUCGUGGUGUCGGUGACGAAGUAUCCAACGGAGGAGCUCAAGGGGUUAGUGAAGAUCAGAGGAUGGCAGGUUUUAGCGGUUGGAAACUCGGUGACACCUAAGGAUUGGAGUCUUAAAGGUUCGAUCUUUUUAUCUCUCGAUGCUCAAGCUGAAUUGGGUUACCGAGUUUUAGAUCAUUUGCCUUAUGAUUCCUUUGUGAGGAAGAGCGUUGGUUACUUGUUCGCGAUCCAGCACGGUGCUAAGAAGAUCUAUGACGCGGAUGAUCGUGGGGAAGUGAUUGGUGGAGAUUUAGGGAAGUGUUUUGAUGUUGAGUUGGUUGGUGAAGAGUCUAAGCAAGAACCGGUUUUGCAGUAUAGUCAUGAGGAUCCUAACAGGACUGUGGUGAAUCCGUACAUUCAUUUUGGGCAACGUUCUGUUUGGCCUAGAGGUUUGCCGUUAGAGAAUGUAGGUGAGAUUAAUCAUGAAGAGUUUUACACUGAGGUGUUUGGUGGUAAGCAGUUUAUACAGCAAGGGAUCUCGAAUGGUUUACCUGAUGUUGAUUCGGUGUUUUACUUCACUAGGAAGACUACUUUGGAGGCUUUUGAUAUUAGGUUUGAUGAGCAUGCUCCUAAAGUGGCUUUGCCUCAAGGUGUGAUGGUGCCGGUUAAUUCGUUUAAUACUCUUUACCAUUCCUCUGCGUUUUGGGGGUUGAUGCUUCCUGUUUCGGUUAGUUCCAUGGCUUCUGAUGUGUUGAGAGGGUACUGGGGACAGAGGCUGUUGUGGGAGCUUGGUGGCUAUGUUGCUGUUUAUCCACCUACGGCUCACCGGUUUGAUAGAAUUGAGGCUUACCCUUUUGCGGAGGAGAAGGAUCUUCAUGUCAAUGUUGGUCGUUUGAUCAAGUUCUUACUUGUUUGGAGAUCAGAGAAGCAUAGUUUGUUUGAGAAGAUACUUGAUUUGAGCUUUGCUAUGGCUGAAGAAGGGUUUUGGACAGAACAGGAUUUGAAGUUCACAUCUGCUUGGCUUCAGGAUUUGAUUACUGUAGGGUACCAACAACCGAGGUUGAUGUCAUUAGAACUUGAUCGUCCACGAGCAAACAUAGGUCAUGGAGAUAGAAAAGAGUUUGUUCCUAGGAAGUUGCCUUCGGUUCAUCUUGGUGUUGAGGAGACAGGUACA